GGUGUGUGGUUGCACGACUGUCGCCAUAGUCACUUUCGCUAAAUAACUUUCUGUGGAAAGCUUGAACGCAAUUUGCCGGUUGCUGAACAAUCGAAGGGGAUUCAAAGGUGAAUCCCCGUGCAGUUUACUUGUUUCUGUCGGAGUCGAUGGAUUUCUGUAAGGUGGUUCUGAUGACGAUAGUUGUUAACAAAGAAAGAAAGCCGGAUAAGUAUUUGUUAAUCUGUAGUAGUGGAAUUGUGGACAAAUGAUUGAGUCUUCAGUUGUUUUUUCUAGUCACACGAUUUAUUGAUUUAUACUGUUUCAGUCCGUCUACGAAGAUAUUUUAAUGCGUAUUGUUCAUCUUAAUUUUGAAAAGUCUGUUCGAAAUUCUCCCAAUUAUCUUCAAAAGGACCGGUAUAUGAAGCUUGUAAUGCGACUUUGACUUAUCGCAACAGACAAAGACGUAUAAACAGAAAAUGGAAGAGUUUUUUUGAAGCUGUUUCUUAAACCAAGUACCACUGCAGAUAGGAUCAGUAUCCAGAGUUUGGCCCACAGAAGUGCAGCUUUUAAUGUACAUUGAAACUUUUUAAUCAAAUCAUUCAGUUAUGAGUGAUUCAUCGAAACGAUCAGUGACACUUGCCUUGAGAAAAUUGUAUUUAUCUUAUGCUGAGGGAUGUUCGAUUACGUUGAUGAGUUACCGUGUUGGUUCGCCUAGAGCUAGGAGAACUGAGUAAUAUCUGAUGUUGUUACUCUCAGUCUUCAGUCCAGAGAUUUCAGUUUUCACGAAUAUCAACAUGGCAUGCUAAAUAUGGCAGCAAGUUGGGUUAGUGAUUAUUACGUAUGGCUACUUUUUGGUGAUCUUCCAUGUUGAGUAGUUGUUCCUCGCCUUUUUUGGUUAGUAGGUGAGAUUUCUUCUAUUAUUGUCACUUCAGUUGUAACAAAAAUGUAUUUCAUUUGACGUAUAACAAAUGUAUUGCAAUUAAGUCCUGCAGCGAGUGUUAAACGAAAAGGCAAUUUGACAAUUUAAUAAUACCAACGAAUGUAUCACAAUCAGGUAGACAAGAGGUUUGUUCAAGUAACGAAAGUGUCUCUGCGCAAUGACAAAAAUGAAGUGAAGCCCUGGCCCCGGUGCCCUCGCUCAUUUUAUGUUUCAUUCUCCUACGACGUCUUCUGGCAACCAUGCCGAUUUCUUCGAAAUCUGUCACGUGCCCUCCAUCGAUUCUUUGCUCCGCGGUCAUUCCUCUACGACUGAACCGCCGAACCUCGCGAUGUCGCCCGCCCUUUGCGGCCGAGUCUACGCACCGCGACGCCGCGCGCCGAUACCGAUGUUGCGCUGGCACUUGCCGGCAUCCGCCAUGAAACGGAGCGGUCCGCACCUUUGUACGCGUUUCUAUAAAAUUACACGUCAGGAGUCGUCGCCGAGGAAUGUCUUUUUUUUCUGCCGAAGUGCGCACCAGGGUUCACCGAUAUUCCGCGGUAGAUCAAAUAUUUAUUAAUUUGCGUUUUAUUUGGAAUUUCAGAGCAUGUGUCAUGUGCCACGUGCCACUUGCCACAUGCCAUUUGCCACGUGCACCAUGCACGCGUACAUUUCUUAGAAAAUUAAUUAUUUAUAGUCUUCGAGUGCGACCGAUCUCGCAGCCAGCCGGAGCGCGGGGUAAGCUAGCUCGCUCCCGCUCGGGUUCUCACUUCUCUCGUGCGGAGUAGCUCUCGGUGUUGUGGUGAGCACCACCACUCCGGAGGGGAUUCUUUAUCCCCGGUGCUACGGUGAUGUUUUUCAUAUUCAAACACUCAUGAUGCUCAAGGAAUAUGACUACAGGUUUCCCCGUGCACGUAGGGCUUCGAGACACGGGACUCGCCAUGCCUACUGCUCUUGAUCAGUCGCCCUCGAAAACUCCGCUAAUUUCAUUGAAUCGUCUGUAUAUCUUUAAAUUCUCGUUUUAUGCUCUGAGAUUCCUCGCUCGACCAGUUCUAUCCGUAACAUAAGUAUUCUUUUGAAUUGGAGGUUGUUGAUGCCCCAGUUACUAUCAUAAGUCAUAAACUUCUGAACACUUGUUACGAAAACGGCGUGUAUGUGUUAGGGUCACCAAUUUGUGGUCUCUUGUAGUGACUGAUACACAAUAAAAGUCUCACAAUUCCAAUAAAUUAAAUACUCAUUUAAUAUAAGAAAUGUAGUCGUAAAAAUAGCGUGUUAAUAGCGAUCAUAAUACCGGGAUGCGUACACUAUCGCUAAGCUCAGAAAUUUAUAAUUGUCUUUUAGUUGUUUUAUGGCAUGAUCGUUGUCUUGAGAUUGACAUCACCGAUACUUGAUGAGCUAAGGUACGAUCUGCAGUUUAGCAAUUUUACGACCUGUCCUAUAGCAUAGAAUAUUGCUAAAUGCUUCCAAUUUUUGAAAUUAAUUAUUUUACAAUAAACAUUUAUUUCUUUUUUUUUUAAUUGAUUGACACGGUACUAGUACAAGUACAAAGUAAUAGUACAAGUUAAUAUAAAAUUCAAUUAUAAAUGAACGUUAACUUAUGUUUUGAUGUAGUUUCUCAAAUCAUCUUUCUAAUACGUAAAAAGAGAUAUAAGUCAGCCUGGUUUUAAAAAUAAAUCUGCGAUCGCAAAGAUUUUAUUAUUAUACAAUUUUGAAGAUGCCUAUUGUGAGGUAGACGUAAUGGGUGGUGAAAUGGUGUCUGGCAAGCACAAGUCGGACCUCCCACCUCCUCGUGGUGGCCACUGGAACGAAGGCGCUCUAUGCUGUUCGGUGCGUAGGCUGCAAGUCGAGCACCCAACGGUGAAAGUGCCUCUGUAAUAACGGGAGGACGGCGAUCUCCUUGUGGCUGAGGAGCAGAAUGCAGCCAAGGUAACCCCUGCCUGUCGUAAGAGGCGACUAAAAGGGGUGUUCGUGUCGUCACUUAAGUAAGUCCAAUGAUGUGCGAGGUGAUGCCGGUGGGGUCUUCGGACCCUGGCAGGGACUCCCAUGCCGGUAAAGCUCGAGCGGAGGAUCGAAAUGGGGCGGCAUGAAGCGUGUGUCGUAUGAAUGGUUGUAUGAAUGGGUCCCGGUCAGUCCGCGAUGGAUAUUCCCUGUAGACUAGCCAAGGGGUGGAGUAGUAGCCCCCCGACCGGGGCUGUGCAAGUUGGUGGAUCCCGACCGCUGUCGUGGAAGAUGGCCGAACCGUAAGACCUCUUGUGAGGCAAAGAGGCCCUGAAGCGAUAUGUAGAGUGAAGCCAACUUGUACAGCUGUCUGGAGCCAAUGCAGGGGUUAAAGUCGUCGUGUCUGAGCGGGGGGAUGGAGGAUCCUGUUGGUCGCUGGUUCCUCAUACUCGACGCUGCGUAGGGAUAUAAAAUCGCAGCCCGUCUUGCCUGAGGUUUGGGUCAGGCGUCAGUUCGGAUCUGGCGUCGCCCAUUCGAUAGGGGUGACGGUAAAAACCUAUAGCAUCAGCAUGGCGCGGGCCUAUCCCGUAACCUUUUCUUAGAGUCACUCGAUGUCGAUAGGGCCGACCACCUGACAAGCCGCUUCUCGGCUUCGCCAUCGUAUAAGUAGGGACAAUAUCUAAGGUGGAAAAGCCCGUUACUGCGGUAGGGGGUAGAUUGGACGCUCGAAACCUUUGUAAAAACAUCUUAAUAUGAAUCAUCAUCGUAUAAAAAAAAGAAAAUUGAGAAGAAAAAUGGAGACUGGGGUGACGUGCCCAGUUUGGCCGACACCAGACAAUGACGUGAAGGAGUCGCGAAGGGGCUGUAAGGGGAGCACGGUGCGCUUCCCCGUUCCAGUUUCCCACAGCGAAGCGUUGGAUAUGUUAGAAUACAGCGACGCAUCAGAAGAUUGCGUAGGCUCAGUCAUGACGAAAAACGAAGGUCGUUCUUCUAAAGAGGUAAUCAUGUCAUCUGGCCUCAAAACUAAGGGGGAGUAUAAACAAGAUAUUGUUGCGCGCCCGGGAGUAGGGGGAGAUGUCCCGGUUCCCCCGGCCCCGGAUGACGCUGCGAGGAGGAAUCGUGGGGAAGGAGAUAUCUGUGUCACCAAUGAGGAGGAUACCAAUUCUGUAACUAAUGAUGAUCGAGAGGCCCAGUCAAUUGGCUCACAGGAGAAACGACGAUCUUCUCCUAGACAGCUACAAGGGAGAAUUUGUACAGGGCGUAGGUUAUCUAUUAGACGUAAGCCUAGGACGGCCAGACUACGACAGGUGACAUACUUCAACAACGACGGUGAUUCAACAAUAACGACAUCCACUACUUCGACGAUAGCGGUGGAAGAGCUGGAAACUGAGGUAGCAUAUGAGGCAGAGAUCGCAAGGGGUACGUCCGUUCAUGAUACACCAGUAGUUGUGGCGGAUGAUGAGAUAAGUGGGGUGAGGAGUAAAAGUAAGGAAGGGAAGUCUGUUGGCACGGCAGGAGCAAUUAAUGCAACCCAGGCCGAUCGCGACGAGACACUACUGCCGAGUCCUGCUUCUCUGGCACGCGCACUAAUGGAAGGCACGCUGGAAGUACUAGGCUGCAGCGCGAUGUUGCCUAACUGCUCAAUUGAGGAUAUUGUGAGCAAGUUGAUCGAGCAGAUGCUCAUCCUAGAAAAGAUCGCAUCAAGCUCGGGGUAUCUCGAAAGCAUACAUGUAAAGACGAUAAGGGAGAGGAGCCGCAUUUUUCAAAUGUCGUUCCUGCAUGCCUGUAUGCUGCUCUCAUCUUUGGACGAUGUACCUCGAUUGCAGGAGAAGGUGAGAAUACUUCAAAUCCAGCUGAGGGAACGCACCGCCGAGUUGGAGGCUAUGAGGAGGGAGGCGAGGGAAAUGAAGCAAACGAUCCUUAGCUACACAGAACGUGAAGAAGCAGAGGUACAACAACUAUCGCAUCAGACGAUAAAAGUGGAAGCGCCGCUGCUUCCUCCUGAAGAAAAGAGAAGGACAGAUUUCUCCAAAUCUCCCCCAGAGUCAGUGAACAUUAAAGGAAAGGAAAAGGGAGAAGAGGAGAAGUCUUCAAGUCUCUUCCAGCUCAUUCUGGAAAAGAUUAAUCAGUUGGAAAUUACGAUCGCGGCCAUGCGGGAAGAGCUCUUAAAAAACCGGGAACAAACUCUCUCCUUCCAGAGGAAGGCGGAAACUGACCCACAGAGCCAAAUAGAGGACCUUGAGAGCAAAAAGAAACAACAGAAGGAGGAGAAAGUUUCGAACGGUACCCACAGGGAGCCCACUCCUCCUCGACGGGAAUCCAUCAUCCAGGAGGACAUAAGGUUGAAGGAUGAACAAGAGCCUUUACUAGUGGCCUCCUCCACCGCUAAGUCUACAGCUCAGGCGGAAACGACUUGGAAGAAGGUGGUAGGUAGAAAGGAGGCCCGGGCCACCAAGAAAGAGGCAGCAUCGAGGUCUUCGUCGCAAUCCCAGGCGACAGCAAGCAAGGCAGCUGGUGGAAAGCAGAAGGUAGCAAAGCAAAAGGUAGCAAAGCCUGCUCCCCAGUCGCCGAAACCGCCUAAGACUGCGACGGUCAUAUUGACACAUGGUGAAGUAAUGAUUGAAACUAAAGCGAAGGUUAAUCUUUCUGACGCGGGUAUCACGGAAGUCAUUAGUGAGAUAGUCUUAGAAAUCCCCUUAGAAGAGCGGGCAAUCAAAGCGGAGGCAUUAGCUAGGCUCCUUAGCAAGGUGUUUAAAGAGUCUGAAGCAACAAUCGUCCAUCCCAUUACGUAUGCAGAUUUCCGCAUCUCGCAGAUGGAUGACUCUGUGACCUCAGACGAGGUGGCGACAGUGGUGGCAGCGACAGCAGGCUGCUCAGAAAAGGAUCUGAAGGUCGGUACAGUCAAGAUGGGAUCUGACAGUUUGCUGGCCGUAUUGGUGCGAUGUCCCCUGCCCGCCGCAAACAAGAUAGCAGCUAAGAAAAGGAUCACGGUGGGAUGGAGCUCUUCGAAAAUCAUGAUACUUCCCCCAGGGAAUUUGCUACGUUGUUUCCGUUGCAUAGACGAUGGUCCAACUAGGCCAAUUGCGGAUGUGGACAAAUGGUUUCGCUGGGCGGUAUCUGUGAUGUACGGCUGCGCUAUGCCCCAGACCAAGGGAGACCGAAGACGAACAGCAUACUGGUGGACGGAUGAUAUUGCACGGUUGCGCAGUAAUUGUUUCGCUGCUCGCCGCCAGUACCAACGUGCUCGUAGAAAAAGUAGCUCCAAUGAAACAUUGGAGCAACAGCUGCUGGAAACGUACCGAGAAAAGAAGAAGACCAUGCAGGAAGCCAUCCGUGGAGCCAAGACACGGGCUCGUAAUGCCUUUCUCGAAUCGGCGAACCAUGAUCCGUGUUGCUGUCCCUAUAAAUUGGUAUUACAUGCUCUUAGAAAGUGCUAAUACACUAUAAGCAUAAGCUUGUUCCCUGGUGGAAGGUUUUAGUGGGUAUUGCGUCACUGCACUAUAACGACGCCGAGUCCCACAUAACCCAUAUGAUCCAUGGGUGUGCGUAAAUGCAUUUCCUUCCCCCGUAAAAAAAAAAAAAAAAAAAAAAAAAGUAGAAGAAGAAAAGGCAGAGGCGCUCUUAGUCACGGAGAGGUCAAACUUCCAAUUCUUUCAGGUGGACACCCCGUCAUAAUGAUGAGGAAGGAUCACCAUUGAUCCUGUGGCACAGCCAAUUCUUUGCUAUGGUAUUGGAGCUAGAUACAACUAGGAUGUUAUUACAAGCUGUGUGACCGGUUGCCAUAAACUGUGUUAAAGAAAUCGAUAUGUCCUUUGUUCUUAAAUUGAAAAAAAUUAGUUAUUAGUAUAAAAAAAGUUGUUCUCAUGGGCUAGCUAUGUAGCUUAAAUAUGGAAUUGGUGCAUUUGAAAUAAAAUUCGCCAUCUUUAUUAAAUGGGAAAUUCCUUUAUUUAUCUGUAUUGAAGGGAGAUUCAAAGUUCUUUUGUUUUUCCUUCUUCCGUUUUCCCCUCGCGUGCUAGACACGUUGCGAUAUGCACGUGCAGGUUUGAUUUGUGUUAAUAUGUUCAUUAUUAUGUUAAAGUUAUAUUAAAGAGACUUCUUGUGCUAUUUAUUUAUCGCCCACGAAAUAACUCAACAAUCUGUGCAACGUUUUUUUAUGACUAAUAAAAAUAAUUAAAAUACA